UUCUAAAUUUGGCUAAUAACCAAAUACAAGAACUACCCUUAUCUCUAUCUUCUAUGCCAAAAUUGAGGAUUCUAAAUCUAUCAAUAAACAGGCUAGAUACUUUACCAAGAGGUUUUGGUGCUUUUCCAGUUCUGGAGAUACUGGAUCUCACUUAUAAUAACUUGAAAGAAGAUUUGUUACCAGGAAAUUUCUUCAUGAUGCAAACUCUAAGAGCUCUCUACUUGGGAGACAAUGAUUUUGAGAAACUACCUCCAGAAAUUAAGAACCUGAAGAAUCUUGAAAUUUUGGGUCUUCGCGAAAAUGACCUUAUUGAACUACCUAAAGAAAUUGGGGAGCUAAGUAGGCUUAGAGAGUUGCAUGUGCAAGGCAACCGUCUAACCAUUUUACCGCCAGAACUGGGCAACUUGGACAUGGCUUCCAAUAAAGCUGAAUUCAGAUUCGAAGGUAACGUUUGGGUACCGCCAAUACUGGAUCAACUCAAUUUGGGAAUCAGCCAUUUACAAGACUAUUUGAGGAGCGAAGCAUACAGAAUAACUUACAAUCGAUAUUUAACCAACAAACCGCCUGUACCGCCACCCUGUGUUGACAAAGCAAAGAAAAUUUCUCGACUUCGAUAGAAUUUAUAUAUAUAUUAUAAAUAUUAAUUUAUUUAAAGUACCUAUCAUGUAUUUUUGGUGCUAUAACACUGCCUUUUUAUCAAUAAUUUAAUAUAUAUCUAUAAGAAAAAAAUGUAUUUAAAAUCAUAAAUAUUUGUUGCCAUAAUAAAUGUUUAGAUCUAAUAUCUAAUAUAAAUAAUGUAAAGCGUAAAAAAUAGUUUAUAGUUAUAUUAUAAUAUACUAAAAGACAACAUUUAUAUGCUAAUAUAAAUUGUGUAUGUUAAUAAUGA